CAUUCUCUGUGCCCUUCCGUCUCAGCUGGCCCUCAUUCCGUCAACGUGGUACCACCAGCUUGAGCUCGUGACUGCUGCUUUCUCUGGCCUCUUCCAUGGUGUUCAUGCGCGCCGGCCUGUACAGUCAUUGUUCGUCGUCAGAGCUCCAAGUGCUUGUGACCUUCUUUGGAUCUCUGCCCGUUCUCCAUCGCUCAAGACGGCGUGACAAGAGAACGACGUAUAGCCUAUACGUCGUUCACUUAUCACGUCGUCUGCUCUCGCUCCUCGUCAUCUUGUCCCCGUCGUCUUCCUGUCGUUCAUCAUUGCCCUUCGUGUUUUGCUGUUGUCCGUCCAUCACCUGCCCUGAGCUCUCUGGUCGCCCUCUCCUGCCUUUGUCACUGUCUUAUUUCCAAUUGUCUUCAUAUGAUGCGCGUCUUUCUGUUCGUCAUAAUAUUCGUCUUUUUCUGCUGCUAUCAGACGUCUAGAGUUUUACAUGUUUUUUCUAUGCUCUUCUUGUCUAUCUCUUCUUCAGUCUGGAUCGUCUUAAAUACCGUGAUACCGCAGUGAUGCCUUUUUACGUCUUUUGUUUGUAAU